GUUUCGUGUGGAGUAUGUGUCAGAAUGGGACGUAUUUUAUUGAUAUAUGCUGUUUUACUGGUGUGUUCGUGUCAGAUGGAAGGCUCCAGUGCUGUGACUCCUGUAUUUGUGCAGAAGGGGAAGGAUUUAAUGCUGGAGGUCAUGGCGGAUGAUGUACCUGAGGAUUUUUUGAUUUUUCAAUGGAAAUUCAAUGAAAGUAACACUUUAGUAACAUUUUCACCUGGUAAAGAACCAACAGUCUCUAAUGUUUACACUGGAAGGGUUGAGGCUUCUGUGAAAAAUUUCUCUGUGAAACUGAAGAAUCUACAAGAGGCAGACAGUGGAGUUUAUAUUGCACGAGUGACAAGUGCUCAAGGAGAUAAAAAACCAGCUGAAUACAGCGUCACAGUUCAAGAUCCAGUGUCUCCAGUUGCCAUGACAGUAGACUCUGUGUCUAACAGCUCAGACUCCUGUAGCCUCACUGUGACCUGCAGCACACAGGACUCACAUCACAUCAACAGCACCUUUACAUGUGACACCAACACCUGCAGUCAGGAGGGAGGAGAGAGGUCAAAGGUCACAACCUCUGGUGCUUCACUCAAUGUCUACCUGCUGAAUGACUUAAUCAUCUGUAACCAUAGCAACCAGGUCAGCUGGACCAACGACAGUAAAAUAAUUGAUCUCUUUUGUCCCAGACACACUGAUCCUGAAAGAACCCAUGUCCAUAGUUAUGUUAUUGUUAUUUGGGUUUUGAUCAUAAUUGUCACAGCAGGUGGUUCUGCUGCUGCUGGUUAUCUAAAAAUAAGAAAAGAUAAAAGAAAGAACAUGGAAAAUACAGUGUAUGCAUAUCCUGAGGAAUAG